CUGGUGUCAUGGAGAUGACAUCGGAGCAGCGGCCCAUCUUGACGUCCAUCUUGACAUCGUCCGCCACCUCGUCGCGAAACAGCACCCCAAGGAGCACCACUUCGUCCACGAGCAUCACGAUCCCACCCCUGAAGCGCCGCGUGUCGUUCACAAACCAUGGCGACCCUGAGCAGCCAAUUCCGGACAAGCUCGAAGAUCUUCUCGAAGCGGACUCGAAUCGGGCGUCUACCGGACGGUCCUUCAUUCCCGAUCAAGCGACAACGACGGCAAUUGUGACAAAAACCACCGAUUUGCACGACGCAUGCCGCCGCCUGGACGUUAACUAUGCAGCAAUGUGCCUCUUGCACGUGUCUCCGGAUUCCGUCAACUAUCGGUGCGAGGAUGGUGGGUUUUCCGCUCUAUGUCUACUUGCGAUGGCCCCCGACACGCAUUUCAACGUCAGUCUCCAGUUGGCCCAGAUGGUUACCCAACACGGUGCCAACGCAACCGUACCAGACCCUCAAGGGUUCACUCCACUGCACUGGUGUGCUGCCGUCGGCAACGUCGUGAUGCUCGAGCACCUCAUCACAACAUUUCCAUCUUCCAUCGACCUUCCCGGCGGCAAUGGAGACACAGCAUUGCACCGUGCCUCUCGCUUUGGUCACGUCGAUUGCAUUCGACUGCUGCUCCACCACGGGGCGUCUACAACAUCGUGCACACCAGACUUGCAGACACCGUUAGACGUCGCUGGCUUUGCCAAUGGAUCGACCGUGUACGAAGCAUCGAGAGCGGCUGCGCUAUCUUGUUUCGUGGGAACGCGGCCAUGGCUCAAGACACUUGUGCUGCACCAUCCCGACUGCCAAGAGCACAAAGCAGUCGAGUCGCACCAGGAAUCGCCACUUCGAAUCCACGCCAUCCUCGACCCCAUCCGUGCUAACCAAGACAAGAAGUGGAUGCACGACCUAAUCGACAUCUCGUCCGAUUUUGCCUUUGCCUCCAUGGCCAUCGUGCGCCGCGUGCACAGCGCCAAGUACGUCGACACCCUCAAGUCGCUGCAUUACCAGGUGCAAUCGCACUGUGUCGGGUUCAUGGCGCUCACGCCGCGCCUUCAAGUGCAUGUCCAAGGAACGGCCGCCGACCAGGCCAAGCUCGAGGCCAUCUGCGACACGAGCUUCAGUCGGGGAACGCUCAAAGCCGCGCUGAGGGCUGCUGGCAGUGUCUGCCAUGCAGUUCAGUCUGUCAUGAAGGGCGAACACCGCAACGCGUUCUGCAUCGUACGACCACCGGGCCACCAUGCUGGUUGGAGCGGGCUGCUGAAGGACUCGAUCUCGUGCGGGUUUUGCAUAUUGAACAAUGUGAUGAUUGGUGCCCAGUACGCAUUGGACUCGUUUCCGCAUGUGAAGAAGGUCGCGAUUGUCGACUUUGAUGCCCAUCACGGCAACGGUACCCAGGACAUCCUGACGCAGCAGCCGCGACCGAACGUCCUCUUUGUGUCGCUUCACCUCUUCGCGGAAGGUUUCUACCCUGGUAGCGGCGGCGGCCAUGACUACGCCCGCAACAUUUACAACGUUCCCAUCAACCCGAUGUGGUCCCAUGGCAAAGACAAAGGGAGUUCGGCUUUCCGACACAAGAUCACUCACGUCGUGCUCCCAUUGUUGCGUGCGUUCGGCCCCGACCUCAUCCUUGUCUCUGCUGGCUUUGAUGGGUGCCACCACGACAUCGGCAACAAACAGUAUGGCCAGAGAGAUGGACCAGUGGGGUUGGACCUGACCCCUGGGGACUUUCACUGGGUCACGACUCAGCUCAUGUACAUGGCCAAUCUUUGCUGCAAUGGACGCCUUGUCUCUGUGCUCGAAGGAGGGUACGGUCGCGUGCGGAUGGAAUAUGAAGAAGACAAAGGAAGUCCUGUCAGCGACCCACUGGCGCACGAUCGGUCGUCCCCAGACAAGGAUGCCAACAACACAGCCCCCCUCGUCCUUGACACCCUGCAAGCAUCUGCACACGCCCACCUCCAAGCCCUUACCUGUCAAUCGUACUUCGAGCCACCGCCGGUCAAAACGAGGACUUCGACACGGACACCCGUGCCGACGUUCAAGGUCCCGCGAGGCGCCAAGCGAAAAAAGCUCUAAUAUCCGGAUAAUUGUUCCACUCGGGUUACGAACCGUAAACAUCCGGAUAAUUGUUUGAAACGGU